CCCUUCACUCCACACAAAAGGCGUCGCGACUUAUCUUCAUCGUUGGGCGUUUACAGUUCUCAACGUUUUUGACUUAAAAUCGCAUUUCGCCAGUGCCACUUUUACAUGGUUGGAUAUGAACAAACAUUUGCCCUCGCAGUCGCAGGCCAGGCAGGCCUCUCUCUUUCCCUCUCUAUCUCGCCCGUGGGCACAAUCAUACAGAAUCCCUUACCACAAAAGCAACUGCUAAGAGAAGACGAAUACAUUCCCCCUAGUUUAUGAUCCUUUGUACAUUUAAUUUGAUUAGCCCUAUUUUUCUUUUCCUUAUUUAUGAUUUCCUGAUAUUCCGAUCUACUUUUGCGGGCGGAACAUCAGAACUCAAUCUCAAAUGGCUGUGCUGGACGAUAUAGGUGUCGAUAUCAGUUCGGAUUUAGAAGUAGAAGAGGAAAACGAUGUGAGCGAUGAGGAAAUUGAGGCAGAAGAUCUCGAGAAGCGCAUGUGGAAGGACCGCGUGAAGCUCAAGAGGAUCAAAGAGCGCCAGAAGCUGGCCGCCACCCAGCUAGCAAUCUCCGGGAAGCAGAAGGCCCAAUCCACCACAGACCAGGCCCGCCGCAAGAAGAUGGCCCGGGCCCAAGAUGGCAUCCUCAAGUACAUGCUAAAGCUGAUGGAGGUGUGUCGGGCCCGCGGGUUCGUCUAUGGCAUCAUCCCUGAAAAGGGCAAGCCCGUAAGUGGCGCCUCGGACAACAUCCGGGCCUGGUGGAAGGAGAAGGUCAAGUUCGACAAGAACGGGCCAGCCGCCAUUUCCCUCCAUGAAGCCGCUAGCGGCGGUGGCCCUGGAAAUUCCAAAAACGCCCUUCAGGACUUGCAAGACUCCACUUUGGGCUCCCUUUUGUCGUCCCUGAUGCAGCACUGUGACCCGCCACAGAGGAAAUACCCGCUAGAGAAGGGUAUCCCACCCCCCUGGUGGCCCAGGGGGGAUGAGGAGUGGUGGACCAAGCUUGGGCUUCAGAUGGGCCUGAGCCCACCGUACAAGAAGCCCCAUGAUCUUAAGAAGAUGUGGAAGGUUGGGGUGUUGACUGCCGUCAUCAAGCACAUGUCACCCAAUAUUGCAAAAAUCAGGAGGUUAAUUAGGCAGUCAAAGUGUUUGCAGGAUAAGAUGACGGCUAAGGAGAGCUCGAUUUGGCUUGGCGUGUUGAGCCGGGAGGAGGGCUCGAUCAGCGAGAAUGGCUCGUCCGGCGUGAGUGAGGUGGCGCCCCCGAGAGAUAAGAAGAGGUUGUCGGUUGAGAGUGACAGCGACUAUGAUGUCGACGGCUUUGAUAAAGGCUCGGGAUCGGUUUCGUCUAGUAAACGGGCAAAGGACAAGAAACGUGAAGGCGAGCAGCCGAGAAAAAGGAAACAUGCGAAAUUGAACCCUAACGAUCGAUCGGGAGUUCCGCCUCUUGAAACGGGUAAUGACCGGACACAAUUUGUCGAGUGUUCGAUGAACGAGAACCAGUUGGAAAUGGGAAAUAAUAACAUUAACGGGCAAACUUGUUCUGUAGAAACUACCGCGAAUGUUGUGUCCUCUCAAAACGAGCGAUUGCAUCAUACUGCCGCUCAAAGUGGUUCAGUUGUGAUUAAUUCGACUCAAGAUUCUCAGUUGCAGAUCAGACCUCAUCUUUCUAAUCAGCCGGAGAAAACUCAUAGUCUGUUGCAUCACAAUCUUCAAAUGUGGCCACGAGAUUCAAAUCUACCUCAGGAGCUGAAUUAUCAAUAUUAUAAUCCAGUGGCUGAAGUUGGUCCGAGUCAUCAACUGCCUCAACCUGAGCCGGAAUUGAAUGAUAUGCAGUACAGGGCUGAGGAACCGGGAUUUAAUCUGCCUUUAUUGCCCGCAACAGAAAAUGAUAUUUCUCAAGGGGUUUUCCCGCAAUUUUCGAAAGAUGCACCUGUCGUUGUUGACACUCAGUUCCCGUCCCCACUCAAUGCCUUGUCGCCCGAGUUACCAGGGUACAGCCCGUUUAGCCUUCAAUUUGACGGGACAAGCUCAUUGGACACAGGUGACUUUGACUUUGUCGUGGAUGAUAAUGCGGUCGAUGAUAAUAACUUUGCUGAGUUGAUGAAGUACUUUGCAUCAUGAGGGAUCACAGCGAAUAUCUGGGUGAUUUUUUUACUGGGUAAGUUGUUAUUAUGUUCUACUCAAUGAUGUGUUAGGUGUUACUGUGAUGAGUAGAAAGCAGGGGAGGAAGAAAAGAGAGUAAUUGGGUAAUUUGGUGACUAGUUGGAUGGGAAAUGUGUUGUGAACUUGAAUUUGUUGUUCUGAAGAUGUUAGCUCGAUUAGGAUUGUAUCCAUAAUGUUUAUUUCGGCAACAGGCAAUGGCUUGACAUCUGAACUUUUACUUGGUGAUAUUGUGCAUCCAUGAAUGUUACAUGUAAUGAUGUAGAUGAGUUGAAUGGAAUAAGAGACGGACGCCAGGAUGUUAUUUGUUGGCAUAAAAAUUUGCUGUAGGCUGCAUCUUCAUUGUAUGUAUGUUUUUUUUUACCAAAAAAAUGGAAGGAAGGAAAAAUGGAAAAAAAUUU